AGCGAGCCUUUCGGCGGGAAACGAACAUGGCGGCGGUUGCCAUGGAGGUGGCCGGGCCGGAGAAGCCUCUGCAAGAGGAGAAACCGCGGGGAGGCGCCGCCGCCUCUUCCUCCGCAGGGAGCGGCACUUAUGAAUUGCCCUGGUGAGAAAGAGAAAUGAGACCCCCCCCCAAAAAAGAGAGAGUUGCAGGGAGCCCCAUAAUGUGUAAUAAUAGCAGCUGGAGGGGAGUAGCAUUGUCCGGGGCGGGGGCAGUUCAAAUAGAAGAACAUAAAGCUUCUUGGAAGGAUAUUACCUGGGGGACAUAAAGAUUGAUUGGAGGGAGUCAGGGACCAUCGUUUGGGGGCUGUAAGGCUGGUUUUGGGGAGCAUAUAUAUUUAGCUCUUGGAGGGCAUAUAUUUGGCAUGCAAGUAGCUGGAGGGGUAUUGUUUUGGGGUGGCCAUAGUGUGUGGGUUAAACUGGUUGGAGCAGCAUUGCUGGGAGGAGGUUUGAAUUAUAGUUUUUUGGGGGGGUAUAAAGUUCAUAGAGUUGGAAGGAAGGGACCCCAGGGUCAUCUAGUCCAACCCCUUGCAGUGCAGGGAUCUCAAGUAAAGUUUUUGGCGUGCCCUGGCAUGGGAUAACUUCUCCAAACGUGAAUGUUCACCCUGCUCAGAAAUUGGGGGGGGGGGAGCUCCUUAUGAGAUGGAAGCAGAAGGGAUUUGUAGCGUCGCAGUGCGCAUGGAGGCAAAGUAAUGUGCUUGCGCUUUUGCAGGUGUAUGCUAGCAUGCCGUGUUCGGAAGGCUUCCGGGAAAGCUAUGCCAUCCACCAGGCCAUAGUCAUUGCUAUCCAAACAACUGAUGCCCCAUGCUUUAAUUCAUACUAAGCUGAAAGCAUUUCCCCUUUUAAGAAAUCUUCGCUAAGCCUUCACUUUGAGACUUACUCCUCAGUUGGGUUUGUUUUCUUCUGGUCUUUUAUACAAGGGAGAGGCUUAAUGUGUCUCAUGAAAUUUUUUGACACAGGGUUGAAAAAUACAGACCUGUAAAGCUGUCUGAAAUUGUUGGGAAUGAAGACACCGUCAGCAGACUGGAGGUAUGAGACAGCUUUGCUGUAACAAAGACCCCACUUUUGAGUUUCCGUAAGUGAGCUUACUCAGGAAUGCAGUUUAAGUCUGUCUUGUAGAUAAACCCCCCAAAGCCUACAGAGGUUUUGCUUCCUGCCCCCACCCCACCCCCAACCUGCUGGGUGCUGGCAGACAAGGGAACACCCCGACUCUAGCAGUUAAGUUGUUUAAGAACAUAAGACUUGCUAGAUCAGGCCAAUGGCUCAUCAUUCAUUACAUAUCCAUUUUUAUCUAUUUCCCAGUAACCUAGUCAUCCCCUUUUCUCUCUUUCCCUCCCCAGGUCUUUGCAAGGGAAGGAAAUGUCCCAAAUAUUAUUAUCGCAGUGAGUAUUGAUCAAAUCAAUGGAGUGCCUUCUUGCAGAUCUUUCCAACUGAAGAUUUAAUCUCAAACCUGAGCAAGGCUUAAAAAUAGAGUUAUUACGCACUAUCCAACAUGGGUCACACCCAGAGUAGACUCAUUGAAAUUAGUGGACAUGGCUAACUUAGGUUCAUUAAUUGCAAUAGGUUUACUCUGAAUAGAAAUUAGUUGGGUGAACGCCACUGGCAGUUACAAAAACAGCUACAGUGAAGACAAUGUUGCUGUCGUGGGCCACAAUGUACUGUUGCUUUUAAUAUAUAUACAGUGGUACCUUGGGUUACAUACACUUCAGGUUACAUACGCUUCAGGUUACAGACUCCGCUAACCCAGAAAUAGUACCUCAGGUUAAGAACUUUGCUUCAGGAUGAGAACAGUAAUCGUGCUCCAGCGGUGUGGCAGCAGCGGGAGGUCCCAUUAGCUAAAGUGGUGCUUCAGGUUAAGAACAGUUUCAGGUGAAGAACGGACCUCCGGAACGAAUUAAGUACUUAACCCGAGGUACCACUGUAUAUUGUUUUUAAAGUUAUCCUGCCUUGCAAUUCUGAGACCUUACAAGCCAAUUUACAACCAAUCAAGGUUUUGUGGCUUGGGUUCUGAGCAUCCAAGAGUGGGGUGGGAGUUAUCUCUAAAGCAGCAGAUAAUCAGAAUGCCCUCUGUGGACAGUGUUGGACUACCAAGUAUCUUGCAUUCUGUUCUCAUCUCUGAUGGGAAAUUCCUUGUAUGCUUAGAUUUUACCUGUUAAUCAGCAUCAUCAUCUUAGAUCAUCUGUUGAUGCCCUUCUUUCUGCUGGAGGUGAAGCCUGUGAUACCUAAGGGACAAUGGAAGAUUAUGGAAUGCCCACCCUGGGGAGGCUAAUAAUUGUAAUUUUAUUAUUUGUACCCUGUCCAUCUGACUGGGUUGCCCCAGCCACUCUGGGAGGCUUCCGACAGAUGUAAGAACACAAGAAAACUUCAGACGUUAAAAACCUCCCUAUACAGAGCUGCCUUCAGAUGUCUUCUAAAAGUUGUAUAGUUAUUUAUCUCCUUGACAUCUGAUAGGAGGCUGUUCCACAGAGCAUGUUACUAAUUUUUAGGUGCUUUGCAUUUUAUUUGGCUCUGCAUUUUACAUGUCAGGAGCGUUUUUAUACUCUACUGACCCUUAUUAGCUGGCUUCUUUUAUUGCGAUCUUUGUAUUUUAUUUUAAAUGUGCAAACCAACCUGAGGACUUCUUUAUAUGAAAGGUGAUGAUAUACAAAUGUUUUAAAUGUUGGAAUUCCUAAAGGUCUGGUUGUUUUGAAUAUGAGUGUGUGUGUGUGUGUGAGAGAGAGAGAGUUGGCUAAAUCUUUGGGCAAUCUUUCUUGUGUUGGAAGGGUCCUCCAGGAACUGGGAAAACCACCAGCAUCCUCUGUCUGGCACGUGCCCUUCUUGGGCCUGCGUUGAAAGAAGCUGUCCUGGAGCUGAAUGCAUCAAAUGACAGGCAAGUCCAAAAGGAUUCCAGUGGGAAUUGGGUCAUGCCUGGCUUUGCCAUGAAGCAACACAAAGUUGUUGGCAGAUUCUAGAGGAAGUGCUGUCUCUGUGUCCUCAAUCAUCUCUGUGUGCUGUUGGCUUUGUUUUUGUUUUUUUAAUGCUCUGGUCCAGUGUGUAUUUGUGUAAUUCUGACAUGAUUUCCCCUCCUACACCCUACUUCUACUUCCUCAAAGCCUUACCCAAAGGUCUUUUGGAUUUCUGAGUAAACCCCGCAGCAGGCUUUCGGGCCCUUGUCCACCUUGGCGGGACUCCUUAGUUGAAAACAAAUCUAAGGGUUGCGUCCACUGUUCCAGUUGUGCACGGACUUGUGCAAAAAAACUUCUCCCCCCCCCCCCCCCAGUGCCUUCUUGAUUUCUUUGGAGCCGUAACUUUUCUGCACCAAAAACUGAAAGAAGAUGGCAUUUUUCUCAUUUCUUUUUUUAAGAAAAUAUUUUCUCCCCCAUAAAACUUGCUGUCUGUGACCCACAGUUAAAUAACAAUUGGACCUUCUUCUUCCAGAGGCAUUGAUGUUGUGAGGAACAAAAUCAAGAUGUUUGCUCAGCAGAAGGUGACACUUCCAAAAGGCCGGCAUAAAAUCAUCAUAUUGGAUGAAGCUGACAGGUGCACGAAUCUUUCUUCUAAACCAGGUGUGAGGAACCUUUGGCAAUCAGAUGUUGCUGAACUAUGACUCCCGUCAGCCUGAGCAGGCCUGACCAGCAGGUGUUGUACUUCGGCAGCAUCUGGAGGGCCAAAGAUUGCCCACAACUGUUCCAAACCUCUGCACCACAUUUGACACUCUUUGCGUAAGUUCUCGUGUGUUUCAAGGGCUGCCUGCCUCUGUCAUGAGAAAGAUCAGCGCUCCUUAUCUCACAGUGCUGAAAUAACUUGAGAGAACCAUGCCGCCACUCCUCCCCUUCUCACACUGUUGUGUUGCUUGGCACCAACUUGCACUCUGCUGAAGCAUCACAACAAAUUCUAGUUGAGGUUUCAUCCCUGUGCAAGAGGCAUUGCAGGGAACAGUAGCAGCAAACAGCAGGCUCAAAGGGUUAUUUACUUGUCAUUAUCUCACAUCCCAUAUCCUAAGGGCAAGCUCAUUCUCAGAGUGUUUAUAUGGCAUGAUCUGCACACAGGAGGGAGGUAUCAGCAGGCUUGGGGAACCCCAGAGUUUCCAAAAUGAGAAAGAGAGAGACCCUAACCAGGGGAAAUCCCAAAACUUCUGGUGAGGUCUGAACAUAGUAAGUGGCUUGAAAUUCUGACUUACUGCCAGGGAACACAUUGUUUAUCAGCUGGGUGUCUGGUGGAAUAAAAUAUUAUACCGUAGAAGAGAACAGGAGCGUCCCCACCCCCAUCAUCCAGCCCAGACACUGAGGUCCAGCUCUGAGGGCCUUCUGGUGGUUCCCUCCCUACAAGAAGUGAAGUUACAGGGAAUCAGGCAGAGGGCCUUCUCGGUAGUGGCACCCGCCCUAUGGAACACUCUCCCAUCAGAUGUCAAAGAGCUAAACCAUUACAUGACUUUCCAUACACAUCUGAAGGUGUAUCAGGAACUUUUUAAUGUUUGGUGUUUCGCUGUGUUCUGUUAUAAUCUAAUGGAAGCUGUCCAGAGUGGCUAGGAAAACCCAGUCAGAUGGUUGGGGUUCAAGUAAUCUAUUAUUAUCACCAUCAUUAUUAUUAUUAUUAUUAUUAUUAAUUACAAAACUGACACAUUUUGGCAAGCUUCUGUGACUUAAAUUAUCUUACGUUUCUCCCCACAUCCCCAACUAGCAUGACAGAUGGAGCCCAGCAAGCCCUGAGACGAACAAUGGAAAUUUAUUCCAAAACAACUCGCUUUGCUCUUGCUUGCAAUGCUUCCGAUAAAAUCAUAGGUAAGAGCUUUCAGCCACUUGGGGUAGGUGGCAUAGAUCUCUUUCAGUAGUUCACACCACAUGCUGCCUCCCUCUUUUGUGCAGCUCUGGUCUGGCAUAGUGUAGAAGCUAAGGCAGAAUCAGGAAGUUAGUUCACAUCUCACCUUGGGUGUGAACUCACUCGGAUACCUUAGGCAAACCACACACAGGCAUAAUCAUGUUGACCUGAUCUGCAGGUAGGGCUGGGAAUUCGCCUUCACAAGUGCAGUGGCAGAGGACGGGGGGUGCGGGCUGCCCCGGGUGUCAUCACCAAGGGGGGUGACAAAAUGACAAAAAAAUGAGUUUUAAAAAAUAUUUUUUUAAAAAAAUGGGCUCACGGAACUUUUUAGUUCAGUCAACAAACAUAACGAAACACGGCUGGCAUUGGGCGCCACACCACGGGGGCCAGCACUUACCGCGGGGCCUGCAGUGUGCCUGAGACACGCGUCUCUCCUGGGAGUGACAUGGUGGCUUGGGCACCUGCAGGCUUCCCACUGCCUGAAACAGCAGCGUGGGACUUGCGUCUGCCCUCCACCUCUCCCUCAACCACCCUACAGCUGAGGGGGAGGCGGCAGAGAGGCUCCACGCAGUGUGCCCCGCCCUCAUGGGAGGCUCACAAUAGGUGGCUGGCUGCACCCCACCUGUCAAACUUGACCUGCCUGGGUAGGCAGGUAAGGAUGGAGCCUCCUGGCCAGAUUCUGUUCCCUACCACUGGUGUGGGUGAACCUGCAGUCUGGUUGUUUUAAGGAAGUUUCCUAGGCUCCCGAAAGGCAGGAUCUCACCUGUCCUUUCUCCCUCUGUCUGUCCCCCACCAGAACCCAUCCAGUCUCGCUGUGCGGUGCUCCGCUACACCAAGCUGACGGACGCUCAAAUCCUUGCCAGGCUGAUGAAAAUUGUCGAGAAGGAGAACGUGCAAUAUACAGACGAUGGGCUAGAAGCCAUUAUCUUCACGGCCCAGGGGGACAUGAGGCAGGUGAGCAAGGAAUCGAAACCAUCCUUCCACAGCUUUUCUGUUUCAUGUUAUUAACUAAGCAGUGUGGCUUUGCAGCUGUCAGUUUCCGAGGCCCCACGGUUCGAGGAAACCAAGCUCCGGCCGUAGCCGGAGGGAGCAGACAUUCUGCAGAGAGCUUGUGGUCUCCGCUGCAGACAGGGUAGUGCAGCUGGGCUUGCGAUGUUUCCAAAACCACAGAGAGAACUCCGUGUUGCCAAAAAGCAACUGAUCUAAACCUCUGUGACUUUUAUGUCAGCCCCACUCUAAAGUGGGGGGUGCAAUGGGGAACUCCAAGCCUCAGAAUCCAAACUGCAGAGGUCCUUCCCAGGCCACGCCCCCUGAUGACACACGAGCUGCUGCACCCCACAAGUGUCUUCCUGAGCUCCUACAUUUCCCCCGCCUUCCUUCCUUUGGCAUCUCUUGGAGGGUGAGGAAAAUGAGAGACCAGAGGCAGGCUGGCAGACAGGGAAGCUCAGAGAGCCAGUCGUGGACUGCAGCAACCCUUGCUAGCUCCCUUGUCAGCCCACUCUCUUCCAUCAUUGGCAGUUUGCUGCAUUUCCAUGCACACAGAGUGGAAGCCAAGAUCUGUGUGUGCGCAUGUGAGCGCACACACACACACACUUUGGCCCCACCUACCACCUGUAUGUGGACCCUAACCGCUUCUGCCAAGGGACUGGGACUUUAAUGUUCCGUGAGCAACGGAUGGCUCUUGCACAGGGUCACAAGCAACUUCAAUCCAGCUAUCCCAUUCUGAUUAGCAAAUAGAGCCUGGGUGGAACCUGCAGCCAAAUCUUUGCAGAAAGAUCCAGAAGGCCUUGGUGGCCAAAACCCAUGCUAUAAAGAAGGGGAAUCCAUCAGGCCAACCCUCACAUGAGCAGAGAGCUGGUGUAGUGUGAAAAAAAGAAAAAGUCUGCUUGGCUUGACCUUGCACACAACUGCAGUUUGCUCCUGCAGGAGAGCCAAACUUUAUAUACUUCAGCAACACACCAGCCUUUCGUUCUGCCAGACAAAGAGUACUGAAUAACUUGGAAGAUCUCCAUCACUUAAGUUCAUUUUUUAAAAACUCUCUUUUUGAAACAGGCGCUGAACAACUUGCAGUCUACCCAUUCUGGAUUUGGCUUUGUCAACAGUGAGAACGUGUUCAAGGUCAGCAAAAGCGUUUUCUCCUUCUCUCUUUAGCCUGACCAGAUGCAGAGGAGAGUCUGCGGGGCUCCUGUAUUUUUCAGGACCUGCAUUGAAGAGAGGACAGGGUGUAGGUGGUCCUGUGGCUUUUCCAGGGCCAGAGGGACUUGUGCAGUUCAGAAGCUUGCUUCAUGCAUGGAAUGCCUUCUUGCCCGGUUUGUUUAUUCUCAAGACAUUGAACCUCUCCGUUGGCUAGCUGGAUUCUUCUUUCCACAGGUGUGUGAUGAGCCCCACCCUUUGCUGGUGAAGGAGAUGAUUGGCCACUGCAUCAGCGCCAAUAUCGAUGAAGCAUACAAGGUGAGUUCAAGGGAAGCGUUCAAGCUCUUGCCACCCCACCCUAUGGAUGCAUCAUAUUCUGGGCAGCCAUGACACAGAGCCAGUCGAGAGAGCAGUGGUCAUGGAUUGAGAUCCUGCCUCUACUUUUGUGUUUGCACAUUUGCUGAUUAUAUUGCUUUUAAUUUACAGUGGUACCUCGAGUUACAAACGCCUCAGGUUACAAACACUUCAGGUUACAAACUCCACUAACCUGGAAGAGUUACCUUGAGUUGAGAACUUUGCCCCAGGAUGAGAAUGGAAAUUGUGUUCCGGCGGCGCAGCGAUAGCAAGACGCCCCAUUAGCGAAAACACGCCUCUAGUUAAGAACAGUUUCAGGUUAAGAACAGACCUCUGGAACGAAUUAAGUUCGUAACUAGAGGUACCACUGUAUAUCGUCAAACUGCUGCUAAGAGAUGAAGAUAAAUAUGUUAGAUAUAUGGGGGUUUUUUUUAACGAUUUGUACUCCUUCCUGGUCCAGAUCCUGUCCCACUUGUGGAGGCUUGGUUAUUCUGCUGAAGACAUCAUCGGCAACAUCUUCAGAGUGUGUAAAACCUACCAGAUGGCUGAGUAUUUGAAGCUGGAGUUCAUAAAGGUAGGUUCUGGGGGAGGGUUGUCAGUGUAAGCUGUAGCAUUGAGAUGUCCAGCCAUCCGGUCGAGAGGGGAAUCUGCUUAGCACUUGAAUGCUUGUGUCUCAAUUUCUCCACACAAGACAUCAUGGAAGGUGUGAACAUAGUGGACAAAGAAGGCUUUCUCCCUCCUUCAUAACACCAGAGAACUUGUGGACAUCCUGUGAAGCUGAAUGAUGGAAGAUUGAGCAUAGACCUGCGUUUUCCAAACCUGAGCUGUUUGGACUACAACUCCCAUCAUCCUUAGCUAGCAAGCCCAAUGGUCAGGGAUGAUGGGAAUUGUAGUCUGAAACAGCCGGAGACACAAGUUUGGGAAAUGCUGAUAUAGACAAAAGAAAGUACUUCAUGCAGCAUGAAGUUAAAUGAUGGAAUUUUCUGCAACAAGAGGCAGUGGAGGACAGCACCUUCGAUGGCUUUAUAAGACAAAUUCAUGGAAGAUAAGGCAAUCAGGAUGCCUCUGAAUACCAGUUACGUAAUAGGAAUUUCAGGUGGGGAGAGUGCUGCUUACCUCGGGUCCUGAUUGUGGGUUUCCCAUAGGUGUCUGGGUGGCCACCUUUAGAAUAGGCUGCUGGUCGAGAUCUUACAUUCUUAUCUGGGAUAGCCUCUUCACACAUGCACAUGUAGAGACUUGCUUCUCUAAGUCUGUCCCCGCAGCAGACCAUGCAAAUACACAGUGCAAUCCUCUCUGAAAUAAGUGGAAUGAACAUCUUGGAUUUAUAUCACAAACAGUAAGUUGAGCAGCAUGACCGAGAUGCUCUUAUUUGGCAUCACUUAGUGCAGAGAUGGGACGCGGGUGGCACUGUGGGUUAAACCACUGUACCGCUUGGGCUUGCCGAUCAAAAGGUCGGCAGUUCAAAUCCCCGUGACGGGGUGAGCUCCCGUUACUCGGUCCCAGCUCCUGCCAACCUAGCAGUUUGAAAGCAUGCAGUGCAAGUAGAUAAAUAGGUACUGCUCCAACGGGAAGGUAAACAGCGUUUCAGUGUGCUGCUCUGGUUUCGCCAGAAGCAGCUUAGUCAUGCUGGCCACAUGACCUGGAAAAACUGUCUGUGGAGUGGACAAACGCCAGCUCCCUUGGCCUGUAAAGUGAGAUGAGUGCCACAACCCCAGAGUCGUUCGCAACUGGACUUAAUUGUCAGGGGUCCCUUACCUUUAGUGCAGAGAUACAAAAGUUAAUUAGGAAACCGAAGCUGCCUCCCUCCCCUCCUAGGUUCUGAUAUGUCCACAGGCAUUUCCUCACACAUUUGUGUAAGAUCUUUCCACCAGGAGGGCUAAAAGCAUUUAUUAAAAAAAUUCCCUUAAUGAAUGUGGAGGUGCUCAGGAAGUCAUGUCCUUUUCCAGCUGCAAAAAAAGGCCCUUGAUCUUGAGGUCAUGGUUUAGGGAUAUGUGUGAGCCCAGAGGUACUCUUUCAACCAUAUUUCCUUGCAUGUGUCUCAGAGUUCUGUGUUUUCUCUCAGCAGAGAAAAAAGGUAGACUAGCUGGAUCUUAAAUGUCUUUUUGUAUGGUUAGGAAAUCGGCUAUACACACAUGAAGAUAGCGGAAGGAGUCAACUCACUCUUACAGAUGGCAGGACUGCUAGCCCGGCUUUGUCAGAAGACAGCGGUUCCUACAGCGAGCUGAAGCCAUGGAUGAGAGAUGGACCUUGUGAGGAGGGAAAACUGCAAGUGAACCAACCUGUUUGUGUAACAGGUGUGGGCAUUUGGAGUUGCACUUGGCAAUUUGGAUACAGUUGUCAAAAAUGUUUGUGUGAACACAUGUGAGGUGUAGGGAUUAUUUUUUUUCCACUUCAGACGAAAUAAAGUUUGAUAUAAAGCUGAA